AUGUCGACUCAAACACCGCAGGUCCUAUCUCGCAGGACAAACGCCUCGGCAGCCGAGUCUACCAAGAAGCACGGCGAGGCUCGAAGCACCGCCCACGAUGCAGACACGCCAAAGGCGACCAAGACCAGAGCUCCCCAGGAAGGCGAAAAGGUCAUCAUCCGCCGCCUGCCGCCUGGCCUGACUGAGGCUGAAUGUCUGUCUAUCCUGGGACCUGAGUGGGCUGUGGGCAAUGGAAAGGUCGACUGGUUCUCCUAUGCCGCUGGCAAGGUCUCCAACGAGCUCUCGAAGCCAUCGCGGCCCGCCAGAGCAUACAUCCACCUGAUGCGCAAGGAAUACAUUAUGCCACUCAGUGACAUCGUUCGAAACGCCAACUGGGAGGACGCAAAAUCUACCUUCACCAGCCCUUCUCUCAUCGGACCCCCUGUCCUAGAGAUUGCCCUCUACAAGAAGGUUCCAGGGAACAAGAAGCGGGUAGAUGCUCGGCAGGGAACUAUCGAUCAGGACCCCGAGUUCAUGGCAUUCCUUGAAGAGCUUGCCAACCCCACUCCGCCCAAAGAAGGUAUCGAGAAUGAUGACGUCGAGGAGGCAUCCGAAACCAAGGUCACCACCACGCCUUUGAUUGAGUAUUUGAAGGAAAAGAAGGCAAAUAAAGCCAAGGAGGCUGCUGCUGCCAAGAGCGCAAAGCACGCAAGGCAACAAGAGGCCUCGGCGUCAAAAGGCAAAGCCGCGUCAAAGGAGGACGAGACCUCUAAAAAGAAGGGCAAGGAGGCCAAGAACCCAAAAUCGGAGAAGGCUGCCCCUAAAGAGCCUGUCAAGAUCCUCACUAAGAAGGCCGCUGCUGCUGAGCAAUCUACUGAAGCCUCCAAGCAGGCCGCAAGUCAGACCAACAAAGCCAGCACAAGUGAUACUGCUGCCAGCACCGCAGAAGCGACUCCCAAGAGUCGCCGUGCCGGCGUCUCGAUUGCCGCCCGCAUAUUGCAGCGAGACCUUGGCCUUAGCCCUGGCAGUGCCUAUCGACGAGCCCGACAAGACGCUGCAAAGGCAGAGGCCGGUUCCAAGCCUGCCGCAGCCGGCAAGGAGAGCAAAGAACAGCCCAGCCCAGCGAACGAAAACACGGCACCCAGUGAGCCGGCUCCGGCUGAAUCAAAAAGUUCUCAAGCACCUGCCAAAGACAACGCCUCCAAGGGCCAGCAGUCAGCGCGCAAGGCUCGUGGCGGUAAAAAUGCCGACAAGGCCAAGACCUCGGAAUCGCCCAGCACGACCACGCCUGUCAUUCUCAAAAAGAAGGGUGGCGCCGGCGGCGAGGGAGAUGCAGCAAGAUCUGCUGCUGAGACGGCCUCCGCCACCCAGCAAAACAACAGCUCCAAGCCGGCCACCGGUGCGGCAAACGGUUCCAAGGGUGCUUCUGCCAAGUCUUCGGGCACUCAGAAGAAAUCCGGCGCAGCCUCUUCGUCCGCCAACGCCACCCGCGGCUUUGUGAAGCACGCCAACUCUUCCCAGGGCAUUACGGAGCCCGUGUUGAAGCAGGCUCUCGAGGCGUUCGGCGCCGUCACGUUCAUCGAGGUGGACAAACGCAAGGGCUUUGCUUAUGUCGAUUUUGCAGACCACUCUGGCCUUGCCAAGGCCAUCUCAGCCAGUCCCAUCGCUGUCGCGCAAGGCACGGUCCAGGUCUUGGAGCGCAAGGACAAGAAGCCUGCCGCUUCCACCACAUCUGGCAGCGGCAACACUGCUGCCACACCUUCCACGUCUAACACGGCGAAGGACGGUGCUGCUCCCGAGAAGAGCUCGAAUGCGAACUCUGGGCGUGGCAGGCGUGGAAGGGGCGGUAAGGGAGCAGCAGCUUCUACUAAUGGAACUGCUGUUGCUGCAACGAGCGGCGGCUGA